AGGAGGAGAGGGGACGGGGGGAGCAGGGUGGGGAGCCAGCUGCAGAGGGCGGCGACCGCGCUCGGAGACCGCUCGGCGCUCUCGGUCCGACAGACCUAAAUUGGGAGCGGCUGCGGGCACAGGCCUCCGAGAUGAGGCUGGUGCUCGCCCUGUGUCUUCUCUAUCAGGCGCUCUGGCCCAGGCCUGGCAAUGCCGAGCACCCCACCGCCGACCGCGCGGGCUGUCUAGCCUCCGGGGCCUGCUACAGUCUGCACCACGCUACCAUCAAGCGGCCGGCGGCAGAGGAGGCCUGCAACCUGCGCGGCGGGGCGCUCAGCACGGUGCACGGGGGCGCGGAGCUGCGCGCGGUGCUCGCGCUCCUGCGGGCAGGCCCCGGGCCUGGAGGGGGUUCCAAAGACCUGUUGUUCUGGGUGGCGCUGGAGCGCGGGCGUUCCCACUGCACCCUGGAGAGCGAACCCUUGAGGGGUUUCUCUUGGUUGACCCCCGACGCCGGUGCGUCCGAAAGCGACACCCUGCCUUGGGUGGAGGAGCCGCAACGCUCCUGUACGGUGCGCAAGUGCGCGGGACUCCAGGCCACUAGAGGGGCAGAGCCUGCAGGCUGGAAGGAGAUGCGUUGCUACCUGCGCGCCAAUGGUUACCUGUGCAAGUACCAGUUUGAGAAUUUGUGCCCCGCGCCGCGCCCAGGGGCCGCCUCUAACUUGAGCUACCGCGCUCCUUUCCAGCUGCACAGCUCAGCGCUGGACUUCAGUCCUCCGGGGACCAAGGUGAGUGCAACCUGUCCUGGGGAGCUCUCCAUCGAAGCCACCUGCGUCGAGGAAGAGGCCGGCGCACGCUGGCAAGAGCUCCCCUCCGGAGCGGUGCUCUGUCCCUGCCCUGGGAGGUAUCUCCGUGCUGGCAAAUGCGCUGAGCUUUCUCACUGCCUGGACGACUUGGGAAACUUUGCCUGUGAAUGUGCUGAGGGCUUCCAUCUGGGAAAGGAUGGAAGCUCUUGUGUGACCAAAAAGAAAGGACAGCCAGGGCCUGGGGCGACCAAGGUGGCCACCUGGAGCCAGCAGGCCACUGCAGCCAGCCCCAGAGUCCAGAAGCCAGGAGAGAGACCACCCAAUGCCACUGGACAGGGCAGUUCCGCAGCAACAUCUGUUCCUGAGGUUCUUCAGUGGGGAGCACAGAGCACGAUAUCUUCCCUUCAGAUAUCCUCUCACGCCAAGCCCACAGUCUUCCUCACUCCAUCCAGAAGCAUGGUCCCCGCAUUUAAUUCCACACCUGCCUCAUCCAGGCCCCAGGCUUUCGACUACUCUACCACUGUGGUCUCCAUACUUGUAAGCAUGGCAGUGGUAGUGUUGGUGAUCCUGACCUUGACAGUACUGGGGCUUUUCAAACUCUGCUUUCAAAAGAGGCCUCAGCCCAGGAAAGGGCAUCUGGCCCCUCAGGGCGUGGAGUGUGAAGCUGAGCUCUCCAGCUCUGCGCAGUGCACGGACAGUGGGGUGAAGGCCAGGGACAGUGGUCUGCAGGGCAAGGCAGAGGACUCCUCACUGGCAGGGUCCUCUCUUGCCUCCUGGGUCACAUAGGAAAACAAGACACAGGCACUCUUGUGAGCAGACUUUGUCACUUUCGAUGAAAGGGGAGAACUUGUUCGUGGAAUAUCCCCCUUUCUGAAUUUUCUCACUCCACCAAGGAGCUAAGUCCUCACAGAGCACUUAUUCCCUGGUACUGGAGAGCAGGUGGUACUGGAGGGCAGGUGGUACUGGGAGAGGUAUUAUGUUCUGGAGAAUUUGGAGAACUGAUGGAACAUUUUAAGACAUUGGAGGCAAAUAGAAAACAACAUAAUUUUUUAGAGUUCAUUUUUAGCAAAAUGGAAAAAAAAAUCUAUCUAUAUUGUUCAGGCUGAGAAUAUAUUGCUUUGGAGUUCCCAGGCAAAAAAAUAAAGGAUUUUUGAUAACUCAGA